CAACUCAUCACCUCAACAUCUACUCUUCCACAUCUUCUCCCAUCUCUAUUCAUAAUGUUUGCCCCAGGUCAAGAACAGAUCUCCAAGGAAGAUAUCAAGGCUGGUGAGAUUGAGGCCAGCCAGACUGUCCAGAUGGUUCUCGCCGGUGGUUUCCUCCUCUACCUGUCUCCCUUCGCCGUCGACUUCGUCCGCAAGUUCCUCUAAGCGGUUGAUCCGUCGCCCUUCGUUUCUCCCCCGAGCUGGCUCAAUCCCUGGCUAUGAUUUCGCGCGGUCACCUUGAGUGAGAUGAAGGUUUUCUCCCAACGUGGCGAUAUUCCAAGUUGGUUAUGAU